AUGUCGCGACAGCAGCGAUCGAAAUUAAAAUGGACAGAGCAAAUGAAUACAGAUCUGCUAGAAUGUAAGAAGAAAGCGAUGGAAUUCCUUAAAUCGGAAAACCCGCCAUGCCAUGUGAACGGCAGAAAGAAGGGCUAUAUACAAGUUAUGAAAGACCUGUGGGACAAGAAAGGAUACGAACAUCUUGGAUUGAAGAGCCAAAACCUGCGAGAUCAAGCCGCUAGACUUGAGAAAAUUAACGCUACAGCUGAGACUCGUGCUAUCGGUAAGGUAAGCGGCGGAGCGGUUAUCAAUGACGAAAGAGAGCAGACAUUAGAUGAAAACCAGAGAAGGCACAACACGAUUUCACAACUUGAAUUUAACAAUUUUGAAAAUCAAAACACCAUUAGUCAAAAUGCAAAUUUGGAGGUAAACAGCAAUCUGGAUUUGCAUACAGACAAUGAUAUUGUCCAAAACAGUCACGAACGGCAAGAAACCGAAGCUGUAGAGGGCUUUGAAGUGACUAAUGACUGUCCUGGUGAACCACACGCCGGCAUACAUGAAGCAGGACGUCUACCCGACUAUGUUGCUGUUGAUAUACCAUCGAUUACCAUCUGGGGGACGCAGAGCGGACGGCUCAAUAAUUACGGUCUACUCGUCAACCAUAAUUAAUGCAUACGAUGAAAUUACGCGAUGGCGUAAAAAUACUUUCCUCGUCCCGUAUGGCAAAGUUGGGCGAGACUUUAUCGACCAGCGAACACAACAUAUAAACGAUUGGAACAACGCAUCGCAAACACAACACAUAGCGCUGAAAGCUGCAAUUGUUCUCUUGGCAACGGCACUGCAAAAGCCAAGCGUAAAAUCGAAGGCAAAAGAUCACAAAGAGUGCUUGGAAAAACGACUAGCGCUAUGGAAAGAAGGAGAAGUCGAGAGCUUACUUCGUGAAGGCCGGUCCAUUCAAAAGCGUCUAGCAAAGGCUAAAAGGAACGAGCCUCCAAAUAAAGCGAAGAUAUUCGCCAAGUUGGUCAUGGAAGGUCUGAUCAAUUCUGCUUUGAGAUAUCUCAAUUCUGCUUUGAGAUAUCUCAGUGAGGCUGAUUGUGAUGGAGUGCUGCCUUUGACUGACGACGUGAUGAGACAGCUUCAGGAGAAACACCCUGAGGCACAAGAGGCCAAACUUGGCUCGUUACUCUUCGGGCCAUGUGAGGAAGUGCACGAUUCGUUAAAUCAGCAGAUUGAUGGCGAAAUGAUACGCGAGACAGCAUUGCGAACCAAGGGCUCCGGCGGCCCUUCAGGAGUGGAUGCAAAUGGAUUCAAGCGUAUUUUCGCAUGUAAAUCGUUUAAGAAAUCAGGCGUAAACUUGUGUGAGGCAGUAGCAACAAUGAUCCGGCGGCUAUGUACGGAAUACAUUGACCCGAGAACUAUCGAGCCUAUAUUAGCCAACAGGCUUAUACCUCUUGACAAAGGCGAGGGCGCGGUUCGUCCAAUUGGCGUCGGGGAAGUUAUCAGGAGGAUUGUCGGGAAAUGUGUUAUGAAAGUGAUUAAGCCCGACGUGAUUGAUGCCAGUGGAUCGCUACAAGUGUGCGCAGGUCUUAAGAGCGGACGUGAGGCAGCC